UUAAGCGCGUGUAACAUAUGUCGGGCAGUGCGUUUAGUUCAGUUGGUGUCUGGUGAUAACCAUAGCAUGGUCCUAUCGUUUUGUCUUAGCAAUGUAUUCAUAUACUGUUCGAGACAACAAAAGUAGUGUAUAUCAGGCAUUAGUUGAAACCAUUUCAAGAAGAUCGAAUUGGACUCAAAAGACAGGCGAUACCGUCAAGGCAAAUCUGAUCAUUGGAGAGAGAAACACAUUGAAGUUUCCAUUUGGAAGAUUAGGCCAUGAUGGAAUUCUGCAACUAGUAAAUUGUUACAGGGGAUCAGGAAAAAUAAGCAGGAAAGCUGCUCUUGUAACUGCUUUGACGAGUUGGCAGGAAUCUACAGGAGAAGAUAUAUCACUAUGGUCACCAGAAACCUACAUCAUCAGGCCACAGCAAAAGAAUGUAGACACUUUAAAGAAACCUUUUCAGAUAUCAAAGCCUGAUCAAAGAGAAGAACUGAAGAGAUCUCAUGAAAGAAAGCAAGAAACAGGCAGGGGAGAUGUUUGGAUUGCAAAAUCUACAGCUGGACUCAAAGGAGAGGGUAUUUUGAUAUCCAAUAAACCUGAUGAACUUCUCUCAUUUGUGGACUCCCAUCCUCAUUCUCAUGUUGUUCAGAAGUACAUUGAGAAUCCUCUUCUGUUACCAGGCAGCAGAAAGUUUGACAUCAGAUGUUGGGUAUUAGUAGAUCAUCAAUAUGACAUAUAUCUGAUGAAAGAAGGUGUGUUGAGAACGUGUGCUGAACCAUAUGAAGUAGACAAUCUCUCUAAUCAUGUAUCUCAUCUCACCAAUCAUUGUAUUCAGGAAGCCCACUCAAAGGACUUUGGGAAGUUUGAAGAAGGAAAUGAGAUGUUCUUUGAUACAUUUGAUAGAAUUCUACAAGAACAUUGGGAUGUGAGCUUAGAAGACAAGAUUCUACCUCAAAUCAGACAUAUUGUGAAAACAUGCUGUCUAUCAGUAAAAGAGGAGUUAUCUACCACUGGUCUGUCAUACCAUAGUUUUCAGUUGUAUGGAUUUGAUUUUAUGCUGGAUAGUGACCUAAGAGUAUGGCUUCUAGAGGUUAACAGUGCCCCUGCUUGUGCCCAGAAGCUGUUACCAAAGUUAAUUGCUGGUAUGAUUUCUACUGCUAUCGAUCCCGUGUUUCCUCCUCAACAUGUUGAGCCAGAGAUUAAAGAUGCAUCUUAUGAGGUAUUUGAGAAACUCUGAAAGUAAAUCACCAAGGCAAGACAGCUGGUCUACAUCAUACAUCCAACAAUUCAGUUCAAGAAUAACUGGACUCUUUGACAUAGGUAUUUAAUGCCAAGCUAAGGUUUAAAAUUCCAAGUCUUUCAAAUUGUGUCACUGUUUGUAUUGAGGGAUAGGCAGAAAGAGAUUGAGGAUGUAGAGAGGGAGAGAGAAAGAGUGUGUGUGCGAGGGGGGUGGAUUCUUUUUACACAUACAUUUGUAUUCACCUGGAAGAAGUGAGAAGAUAUAUUGAUUUUUUUCAGUCUUUCCUAGAGGAAAGAGCUUUCCUGUCCAAUUUCAAGCAAGAAUGUAUUUAUACUUUUGUCAAUCUUGUAUAAAAUAUGUUUACAUAUGUACUUUGAUGUCUAUAUUGAGUGAUUAUUUACAUAAUGUAAAAAAUGAAGUUUUUUUCAUGUUGGUGUUUGUGUGUCUUAUUUUACAAUCACAUGGAUAAUAGACUGGUACUUGAUAGCCCACAUGUAGAUGGGUGUUUCUACUUAGGGACCUUAUGACAAAUGUAUUUCACGGACCUUAUGGGCAGGUGACUUUGUCCAGUAUUCAAAAAUCAACAUCACCUUAUAAGCGGUCAUAUUAAAAGCCUCAAAGGCAGGUGACUUUGCCCAGGGUUAAAAAAAACAACAUCACCUUACCGGUGUCAUAUAUAUCAAGGUGUUUACAACAUAAUAUUGAUAGAUUCAUUCAGGUUUCAAUAGCGCACCACCAUUACCAAUAAGAAUUCUUCUGGUAGACCUUGUUCUCGUGCUCAUACACAUGCUCAUAAUAAUAGGGGCUAUUAGACAUGGUGAAAUUAGAGCAAACCUGUCCCUUUUAGAGAAUAAAUGACUUUCAUUUCAUCUAAAAUUGUCAGGUACUGGUGACUAUACACUAGAUAAAAAAGCAGUAUACCUCUUCUUUUAAUUUAUAUACUUUUUACAAUGUAUAUUACAAUUUCUGUAAUAAUAACAUGAAAAUUAUUUAUAAUAGAGUCCUUGUUUUGAAGUUCAUUAUUUCAUAAAUAUUAAUGAAAUAUAUUUUCACUCAAAUAGCCGAGAAUUACACAUAUAUUUUAGUGCAAGUACAAGUAUAUAUCAAGAUAUUUUGAUAUGAGUGUAUUCCGUCCAUUGCAAUGUGCAAGUGUAUUUACCUUGAUUGUUCAUUAUUGUUAUUGCCCAUUAAUAUUUUUCUUUCCUGUAGUUCACUGUAAAAAUGUAACAAAUAAAUGAGACUCAAAUAAUUGAAGUGUGAUAUGGCAU